AUGGAUUACAAAGACGUAAAUGCGAUAGAAAUUAAUCACUUACCGGAUGAAGUGUUAGGCCUAAUAUUUAAGUUUCUUCCUUUAGAAGAUGUCUUAGCCUGUGAAAAUGUUUGCAAAAGGUGGAAAAAAUUAUCAAAUGAUCCCAUAUUGUGGAGAAAAUUUGUUAUUGUCUUUUCUGGUAAGCCUGGACAGAGUGAAGUCAGUGCGAAAAAUUUUGAGAUCAUCUCAUCGCAUAGCACAUUUAUUUGCGCUUUAAAAAUACAGUAUGUGUACAACUAUUCAGACAUAAAAAGCAUUCUAGAGAAAUGUCUAAACUUAACAUCAUUAGAACUAGUCAUGUGCAGAAUAGGCAGUGAUUUUAAAGAUGAUAUUGAAGAAAGAAUACAUCUACAAAAGUUGAGUUUAAAAAAUUCUAUUCAACUAUCAAGUGAUGAAGAUUGGUUGCUUCCAUUUCCUAAAUUAAAGGAAUUGAAAUACUUGGCCUUAUCAGAUUUUGGUCUCUCGUCUCUGAAUUGUGACACAUUAUUAGAUUGUACCAACCUCAGUCAUAUUUACAUUGAAAAGAUAAAAGAUCUAGAUAUUGACUUUAUGAAGAAACUCAUACAAUCCAAGGAGGAAAAACUUGAAACUCUACAUGUUUAUGGUGGUGACUCUGUUGAUGAUUCUUGUCUUAAGAUGUUGGCUAAAUGCACAAGACUUAAGGACUUAGCCAUAAUUCGAUGUGAAGAGUUAACCGAUGUUGGCCUUUUGGCUUUAAUUAAUUUCAAGAGCAUAGAGCACCUACAAAUAUGGAAUAACAAUAAUUUCACAGAAAAGGGGUUACUGCAGACUUUAGGAAGUAAUACAUUGAUAACUUUAGAGAGUCUCAGUUUAUCUAGGGUCAGAAAUAUUUCUCCUAUAAUUGUAGACAUAAUUUCAGAGUACUAUAAGAAUUUAAAGUUUUUAGCUUUGUACCAAUGUCCUAGAAUCAUUAACACGGAUUAUGAAAAACAGCUUAAAUCUAAAUUUAGAAAUAUAGAUGUUGUGCUCUAUUGA